AGCAUCCACUAUGGUCCAAGCGCUACUUUAGACACUGGGAAUACAACAAUGGACAAAACAGAUAAAAGUCCCACUCUUUCUUUCUGAGCCCAUAGCGCUCUCACAAACAUGGUGAAUGGCAAGAACAUUCACCAUUCAAAACAUGGUGAAUGUUCCUAAAACCCGCCGGACUUUCUGCAAGUGUGGCAAGGACCAACCCCACAAAGUGACACAGUACAAGAAAGGCAAAGAUUCUCUUUAUGCCCAGGGAAAGCAGUGUUAUGACAGGAAGCAGAGUGGCUAUGGUGGGCAGACUAAGCCAAUUUUCUGGAAAAAGCCUAAAACUACAAAGAAGAUUGUGCUGAGGUUUGAAUGUGUUGAGCCCAACUGCAGAUCUAAGAGAAUGCUGGCUAUUAAGAGAUGCAAGCAUUUUGAAUUGGGAGGAUAUGAGAAAAGAAAGGGCCAAGUGAUCCAGUUCUAA